GGUACUAUGACCAGAACGUUGCACUGAGCGGGCAAAGAGGCCUGCCAGAUUACAAAAGAGAGAGAAAUAGACGUCUCCAGAGAUUUAGAAGACUGGAGAGAAGUUGUGUACAGGAGCACAAAGCAAGUUUUGGAAUCAUGAAUGUGAAUUUGAAUGAAUUUGAAACCAAUUCAGAGAAUUCUGUACGCAGCACAGAGGAACAAGGCAAUGCCAUCUGGAGGAGGUACACUGAGAGAAGCAGCCUUGUACGGCAGUACCUGCAGUCUGAUCUGAGCCUCCACCUCCUUGAGACACAUCAGAAGAAAGUGGAGCUUCUGAAGAAGUGUUGCUAUUACAUUGAGGUUCUGCCCACAUUUUUGAUCCUGAGAGACCAGAAUCUCUUGGCGCUUCCUACCAGCAUCUUCCAAGUAAUUGACCCUUGGAAAUUCCAGAGAGUGAAGAAAAUGGGAAGAUCCCAGACUGAAAUCCAUCUGCAGCUUUUAACCCACCUGUUAGAAGAGCUGCAACAAGGUCGGGAGGAACUGGUCUGCUAUCUAGAAACCUAUGACAUGGAAACUUUCCUCUCCAAGUGGGAUUCAAUUAAGCAGAGAAUGUCAGACCUCUCCAAAAUAAUGAACAACUUCAUUUCCGUGCAAGCAUCAAGAAGACUCUACACCAAGCACCGUUUGGUGUCAUGUGCAGAUAUUAGGGGUAGCAAAAUACCAGACAUUAGGCUUUUUCUCUGUGCAAAGAUGCCAGUUAUGUUUGAUCGAAACGAAUCAUUUGCACACAAGAACUGGGCCCACCUCAAAUGGUCUAUCGAAAAUCAAGAGUCACCCCAUGAACAAUAUGAACUACAUUUUAAGUUAGUGAAGCGUGGAACUCAGGCAGAAUUUGGACACUGUGGGCUUGUGACACGCACCACCAACACCUGCGUAGUCCAGGGCCUGCUGCCUGACCGAUCAUACGAAUUCAUGAUCAGAAGAGCAGAAGUGUACACGCUUGUCUAUGAACUAUGGCAUGACACCAUCACACUGACGACAAAAGCUAACGUAGCUGAAGACAAAAGCACCUGAGAACCAAAGGAUGAGGUGACUGACAAGAAUGUUUUCUCAUAUUUUCCAUUUGAAAAAAGUGGACAAGAAGAAUAAAGAAAAAAUCCUAAUAUUUGAGCAUUUUGUUAAGCUAUGUUUUUUUCCCCCCCCGAAUUUGUUCUGUUUUUGAUAGCAAGUGCCUCCCACAGGUUCAUCCAUGUUAACAGUAACCAAUCCCAAAUUUCUCUGAACAAAUAACAUCCUUAUACAGCAUUCAGGACUCAGAGCUUCCCACAGUCCUGCAAGAUACCAUGGAUGCAAAGCGCAGGAAGUAGAAACAUCUCUGCCUCCCAGUGCUUUCCAUUCACCAAAAGAUGCCCACUGCUUACUUUAUGCACAUGUUGAAGUCAUGAUUAGGUGAUUAUAAGGUAUGGGGUGACCAGAGAUCAUGAUUUCAUGCUCACCUCUUACAGUGCAAGGAAAUUAAAAUAAUCAGCCAGAACAGGAAAGCGUAACAUACCCAGAAGACCAACAUUUAGAAGACAGUCUUUCCGCCAUGUCACCCUCAAUGCUACUUUUCUUUUUUACCAUUUGGUUAAUUCAAAAUAUAGCCAUCGCCACACAGCUUCUAAUUAAACUGCCACAUAAACAGAACUUUUAGUAAUAAAGUUUAUUACUUAAAUAAGUUCGAAUCACUUUAACAAUUAUGGCUUAAAUAUAUA